AAUAAUUAAAGCAAGCCAAAACCAACGAGUAACUCUCUUACACUUUGCUCCUUCAUUUUUCUCCUCUUCUAAGAGUCUACUUUUCUAGCCAUGAACUCCCUUCAAAACCCUAACUUCUUCUUUGACCACCAUCAACAAUUCGAUCAAGAUCACUCAUCUUCUUCAAUCAUGGAUUUCCUUAAUUUCUCGGGUUACCCGCUUCCCGAUUUCGGCCUUGAAGCCGAGACCACCACGUUUUCGUUGUCCGAAGCGGAAACUGGCGACGGGAGUGGAUCCAUGAAAGCAACAUCCAUAGACAAUAAUACCAUAGAUGAUGGGUGGUUUGAGGGUAAGGGUGUGAAGAGAAAAAAACCUAGAGAAAAUGGACGCACUAAUAGAGUUGCAUUUAUAACAAAGUCGGAAUUGGAAAUCUUGGAUGAUGGCUUCAAAUGGAGAAAGUACGGCAAAAAAUCUGUCAAGAAUAGCCCUCAUCCGAGGAAUUACUACAAAUGCUCGAGUGGAGAAUGUGGAGUGAAAAAGAGAGUAGAAAGAGACAGAGAUGAUUCAAGCUAUGUUAUAACAACAUAUGAAGGUGUUCACAACCACGAGAGCCCUUUCCUGAUGUAUUGCAAUGGUUCAAAACUAUUUCAUCCUCAUCCCAUUUGCCCUAAUUCCUCUUCUCCUCCCUAUUCUUCUACCACUACCCUUUGAGUUUCACUUUCUCCAUUUUUUUUCUCCUUAGAUGGGGGAAAAUAAAAAAUAUAUGUAUUUUCCAAUAAUGUCAAGUAAUGAUUGGGGGUGAUUUAAUAUAAUUCAUGUGUGUUUUUUACUUUUACUUAUCA